AUGGCAGAUGACGAGAGCAGCUCAACGUCCGACGAGAGCCUGGACGUGAAAAGUGUGAAAUUCGAUCCGAUGAAAGCAUUGUACUCGAAAAAGAUCGAUCUGACGAAAGCACCGAUCUAUGACAAUGUCUCCAAGUUCGAAGCCGUAAUGUCAGGUCUGUCCGGACAGACGAAAUUCCUCCAUCUAAAUCGGUUCUCGCUAAUAGCACGAACAAACGACGCCGACUGUGGACUCUAUAUCUCGAGAUAUUGGCACACUUUAUUUACGAACCAACAAAUACCACGAAGGUCGUCAGUAAUGCCUUCGCGAGGCGCGCGCGUAGUCGCGUGGAAUUUGACCUCCGCGAAAGUGCGUCAACUCGUGGAAACCCUGGUCUGUAUAGAAUUAGGGUAUUCAAUAGUAUCGUUAGAAUGAACGGAGAUUCUUGUCACGUAAUAAGAGAUAAAUUUAGAAUCACUGGUGUCGGUAAUUUCGAAAUUUCUCCAAGAACGAAAAGAUCGGCGGCCAGAGGAUGGUGGAAACCAGAGUGCACGCCGAAUGCUUCGAGAUAG